AAUCGAUAUAGCCUGAAUUAAGCUAAACUGGCAACAGUGAUAAAAACAAAACGAAAUCAAAAACAAAUUUUUUUUUGAUUCGAUUUGAUUUGGUGUUCCAGCCUGGACAAAUGGACAAUGAUCCGAGGGAGAGCGCAUCCUCCAAGGACGAGCCGGCCAAAGAAGAGGAACUGGCCGUCGCUACCAACUUUGCACCCAACCGUUGGGUGAAAUUGAACGUGGGCGGCCAGAUUUAUGCCACCACCAUAGACACUCUGGUGGGCAGAGAGCCGGAUUCGAUGCUGGCCAGAAUGUUCAUGCAAGACGGCAACAUGGUACCCAGCGAGCGGGACGAGCAGGGCGCCUACCUGAUAGACCGCAGUCCUCGCUAUUUCGAGCCCAUUAUCAACUACCUGCGGCACGGCCAGUUUGUCUGCGAUUCUAACGUCAGUAUGCUAGGCGUGCUGGAGGAGGCGCGCUUCUUCGGCAUCUAUUCACUGGUCACCCACUUGGAGGAACGCCUGGCCCAGCAGGAGGAUCCACAGAGCGAUCAGCCGUUGACUCGCAUGGACGUCAUCAAGGCCAUCAUUCAGACAUCGGUUAUUACGGAGCUUCGGUUUCAGGGCGUAAAUCUUUCCGGAGCCGACUUGCGAAAGCUAGACUUUCGCAACAUCAACUUUAAGUACGCCAACAUGUCCCACUGCAAUCUGUCGCACACCAACCUUAACUACUGCUGCCUGGAGCGGGCGGAUCUGCAGUUCGCCAACCUUGAGUGCGCGCAGCUGGUAUCGGUGCGCGGGCUCUGCGCCAACAUGGAAGGAGCUAACCUGAGGGGCUGCAAUUUCGAGGAUCCUACCGGCGUGCGGACCAACCUAGAAGGUGUUAAUCUGAAAGGAGCCUGUCUUGAAAGCAGUAACAUGGCGGGGGUGAACCUGCGAGUGGCCAACCUUAAGAACGCCAACAUGAAGAACUGUAAUUUGCGCGCCGCCGUGCUCGCCGGAGCCGAUCUAGAACGAUGCAAUCUGUCCGGCAGCGAUCUCCAGGAGGCCAAUCUGCGCGGGGCGAACCUAAAGGACGCCGAGCUGACGCUCAUGGUGACGCCGUUGCACAUGUCGCAGGCCAUUCGCUGAACGGCGCUUUUUCCAUUCGCGGGGACAAUACCAUGUGCAAUCACAUAUCACAGCUUAAUUAUACAUUAUUUGUAAAGACUGCGGUCUUAAUUUAGUAAGUGUGUACAUACGUGUUUUUUAACAUAGCUCGUAAAAUAAACAGUAUUAGGAUUGAUA